AUGCCAAGACAAGUGUUUGAUGUGCAGGCAUACAGCAGCAGGGCUGCAUGCUCUAUGAAACUGGGGGAAUUCUCAGAGGCAAUGAAAGAUGCGGAGAAGUGUAUCGAGCUCGAACCAAAGUCCUCCACGGGGUAUAGGAGAAAAGGCGAUCUCCUGUUUCACAUGGAGGAAUAUAACUUAGCUACUGAGACUUACCUGCAAGGGCUGCAUUAUGAUCCUUCAGAUUUGCAAUUGUCUGAUAGUUUGAUAAAGUGUGUGAAAAGACUUAAAGCGGCAGAUUCCAUGGAAGAAUUGGAAGAGAGUGAGGCAAUGAUGAGGCAGUUCCCGAACCCAGUCCUGAUCCAAAGAAGGGCACUGUAUCUGCUCCAGCGGACGUGGAACAAGGAGAAGUCAUCGAUGAACAAUGUUAUAAAUGCAAGUAAACCCACAAAAAAAAAAGAAAGACUGAAAUCUCAGGCCCAAAGUGGUGGCUGGCUCAAAGCCGAGGCUGAGGUAGAAGAGGAAGGAAGGAGCCACAGCCCCUCCUCAGUUCACAAGAAACAGCAAGUCGGAGGGGAACGACAAGCGGAGAAAGGCAGAAGAGAAUGGCUCAAGCACUGGCGACCCCCGUGGCUCCUUCGCUCUCCCUCGUCUGCAACCCCUCUAGAAGCUCUGGUUCCUCCUCCACCCUUCUCCCCUUCCUUUGACGAGCAUCAUCGCUGA